AUGGGGAUAGAAACAAUGUGGAUGUAUAUCAAAUCUUUUGAGUUCGAUCCUCCUGCAUCGAUACUGACUCAGGAGCUAGCCAUCAAGCUUUUGGUGGGUCAAAAGCCGGACUAUAAGGUCGUGAAUGAAACCAAGUCGUUGCUAGAGAAAGUUCUAGAUAUCUAUGAAGAACGACUCAAAAAUUCUAGCUUCUUGGCUAGUAACAACUUCACAUUGGCUGAUCUUUUUCACCUUCCUAAUAUACAAUACCUUAUGGGCACACCUGCGAAGAGAUUGUUUGAAAACCGGCCUAACGUUAACCGGUGGGUGACUGCAAUUACUGCUAUACUGACUUGGAAGAAAACAUGUGAUGUGAAGGCUUGGUACAGUAAGAAGAUGAAUGGUUAUUGA